CUCCGGGUAUUUAGUACUGUGGUGAGGAGCAUUGGGGAACGCUUCAGCCCAAUUCGGGUCCUCCAAUUACUGAGGCAUACGUAACAGAUCUUGGAUCCUAGCAUGACUAUACAUUGUGACAUGGUCAUUACAUAUGGAUUAGACCAACUGGAGAAUUGCCAGACUUGUGGUACCGAUUAUAUCAUCUUAGUCUUGAAUUUACUCAUGCUGAUUGUUGAACAGAUAAAUACAAAACUGCCAUCAUCAUUUGUAGAAAAACUGUUUAUACCAUCAUCUAAACUACUAUUCUUGUGUUAUCAUAAAGAAAAAGAGGUUGUUGCUGUAGCCCAUGCUGUUUAUCAAGCAGUGCUCAGCUUGAAGAAUAUUCCUGUUUUGGAGACUGCCUAUAAGUUAAUAUUGGGAGAAAUGACUUGUGCCCUAAAUGACCUCCUGCACAGUCUGCAACUUCCUGAGGCCUGUUCUGAAAUAAAACAUGAGGCUUUUAAGAAUCAUGUGUUCAAUGUAGACAAUGCAAAAUUUGUAGUUAAAUUUGACCUCAGUGCCCUGACUACAAUUGGAAAUGCCAAAAACUCACUAAUAGGGAUGUGGGCGCUAUCUCCAACAGUCUUUGCACUUCUGAGUAAGAAUCUGAUGAUUGUGCACAGUGACCUGGCUGUUCACUUCCCUGCCAUUCAGUAUGCUGUGCUCUACACAUUGUAUUCUCAUUGUACCAGGCAUGAUCACUUUAUCUCUAGUAGCCUCAGUUCUUCCUCUCCUUUGUUUGAUGGAGCUGUGAUUAGCACUGUAACUACGGCCACAAAGAAACAUUUCUCAAUUAUAUUAAAUCUUCUGGGAAUAUUACUUAAGAAAGAUAACCUUAACCAGGACACGAGGAAACUGUUAAUGACUUGGGCUUUGGAAGUAGCUGUUUUAAUGAAGAAGUCCGAAACAUAUGCACCUUUAUUCUGUCUUCCGUCUUUCCAUAAAUUUUGCAAAGGCCUUUUAGCCAACACUCUCGUUGAAGAUGUGAAUAUCUGUCUGCAGGCAUGCAGCAGUCUACACGCUCUGUCCUCUUCCUUGCCAGAUGAUCUUUUACAGAGAUGUGUUGUUUGCCGUGUUCAACUAGUGCACCGUGGAACUCGUAUUCGACAAGCAUUUGGAAAACUGUUGAAAUCAAUUCCUUUAGAUGUUGUCCUAAGCAAUAACAAUCACACAGAAAUUCAAGAAAUUUCUUUAGCAUUAAGAAGUCACAUGAGUAAAGCACCAAGUAAUACAUUCCACCCCCAAGAUUUCUCUGAUGUUAUUAGUUUUAUUUUGUAUGGGAACUCUCAUAGAACAGGGAAGGACAAUUGGUUGGAAAGACUGUUCUGUAGCUGCCAGAGACUGGAUAAGCGUGACCAGUCAAAAAUUCCACGCAAUCUCCUGAAGACAGAUGCUAUCCUUUGGCAGUGGGCCAUAUGGGAAGCUGCACAAUUCACUGUUGUUUCUAAGCUGAGAACCCCACUGGGCAGAGCUCAAGACACCUUCCAGACAAUUGAAGGUAUCAUUCGAAGUCUCACAGCUCACACAUUAAACCCUGAUCAGGAUGUUAGUCAGUGGACAACUGCAGACAAUGAUGAAGGCCAUGGUAACAACCAACUUAGACUUGUUCUUCUUCUGCAGUAUCUGGAAAAUCUGGAGAAAUUAAUGUAUAAUGCAUAUGAGGGAUGUGCUAAUGCAUUAACUUCACCUCCCAAGGUCAUUAGAACUUUUUUCUAUACCAGUCGCCAAACUUGUCAGGACUGGCUAACGCGGAUUCGACUCUCCAUCAUGAGGGUAGGAUUGUUGGCAGGCCAGCCUGCAGUGACAGUGAGACAUGGCUUUGACUUGCUUACAGAGAUGAAAACAACCAGCCUAUCUCAGGGGAAUGAAUUGGAAGUAACCAUUAUGAUGGUGGUAGAAGCACUAUGUGAACUUCAUUGUCCUGAAGCUAUACAGGGAAUUGCUGUCUGGUCAUCAUCUAUUGUUGGAAAAAAUCUUCUGUGGAUUAACUCAGUGGCUCAACAGGCUGAAGGGAGGUUUGAAAAGGCCUCUGUGGAGUACCAGGAGCACCUGUGUGCCAUGACAGGUGUUGAUUGCUGCAUCUCCAGCUUUGACAAAUCAGUGCUCGCCUUAGCCAAUGCUGGGUAUAACAGUGCCAGCCUGAAACAUUGUCUGAAUGGUGAAUCCAGAAAAACUGUGCUGUCCAAACCGACUGACUCUUCCCCUGAGGUUAUAAAUUAUUUAGGAAAUAAAGCAUGUGAGUGCUACAUCUCAAUUGCCGAUUGUGCUGCUGUGCAGGAAUGGCAGAAUGCUAUCCAUGACUUGAAAAAGAGUACCAGUAGCACUUCCCUCAACCUGAAAGCUGACUUCAACUAUAUAAAAUCAUUAAGCAGCUUUGAGUCUGGAAAAUUUGUUGAAUGUACCGAGCAAUUAGAAUUGUUACCAGGAGAAAAUAUCAAUCUACUUGCUGGAGGAUCAAAAGAAAAAAUAGACAUGAAAAACCUGCUUCGUAACAUGUUAAGUCCAGAUCCAAGGGAACCUCAGAAAUCCAUUGAAGUUCAAUUGUUAAGAAGUUCUGUUUGGCAACUGCUUUAAACCCGAUAGAACAAGAUCAGAAGUGGCAGUCUAUAACUGAAAAUGUGGUAAAGUACUUGAAGCAAACAUCCCGCAUCGCUAUUGGACCUCUGAGACUUUCUACUUUAACAGUUUCACAGUCUUUGCCAGUUCUAAGUACCUUGCAGCUGUAUUGCUCACCUGCUUUGGAGAACACAGUUUCUAACAGACUUUCAACAGAGGACUGUCUUAUUCCACUCUUCGGUGAAGCUUUACGUUCAUGUAAACAGCAUGACUUGAGGCCAUGGAUGCAGGCAGUAAGGUAUACUAUGUACCAGAAUCAGUUGUUGGAGAAAAAUUAAAGUUAAGUGGUUUUCCUUUUUUUUUUGUAAGAGAAAAUUAAAGGUGUUUUUUUUAAAA